GAGUCUAGUUGAAAACAUGGCGGACUAUUUGAGUUUUUGAGGUGUUUGACAAACAAAGUAGGAAACGGAAUGAAAAAAUCGAAACCACAGUCCAAGAGAGGGGUUCGAAAUCCUGAUCCUCAAAUAAUUUGCGAAGUACAAAGUGUGUUGCGCGGAAGAAUUUUCCAUGCCGAUGUACCUCCUCAAGUGCAUGGCUUGGAAGGGCAAAAGAGGGAGUUACUAGAUCUUGUCCAAAGGUGCGCACAAUAUGGAGAAAGCAAUUCUGUUUUACUGAUUGGUCCAAGAGGUAGUGGAAAGUCCCUGCUGGUGAAAAAAAUCCUUGAAGAAUUAUCUAAAACAAAAGGAGUGAAGCAGAACCUAUUAGAAGUGCAUUUAAAUGGUCUUGUUCAAACAGAUGACAGAUCAGCUUUAUUAGAAAUAACAAGACAACUACAAUUGGAGAACACAGUUGGAGACAAAGUCUUUGGCUCUUUUGCUGAAAACUUUGCUUUCUUGCUGGAUUCACUGAAGAGUGGUGGAGAGGAGAGCCAGUCAAUCCUGUUUAUACUGGACGAGUUUGACCUGUUUACAAACCACAAGAACCAGUCCUUGCUGUACAAUUUAUUUGAUGUGUCACAGUCAGCCCAGACUCCAAUAUGUGUUAUAGGACUUACAUGCAGACUGGAUGUUGUAGAGCUGCUGGAAAAGAGAGUGAAAUCAAGGUUUUCCCAUCGCCAGAUUCAUCUUUUCAUGUCAGAGACCUUCGAAGAUUAUUUGCAAGUAACAAGAACAGUUUUGGCGUUACCCUCAAAUUUCAAGGAUAGGCAAUUUGUGCAAGCCUGGAAUUCCCACAUUGAGGAGCUGUUAGAUAAUGAAGAAGCUAAAGCUGUAUUGAUGAGACAAUUCAGCAUAGCAAAAGAUGUAAGGAACUUGCAUCGUUUACUGACUGUUCCGGUUUGCAGUAUUUCUGAAGAUCAUCCAUUUAUAGAACCAAAGGACUUGAUGGAUGCACAAACCAAACUUGGAAUUGACUGCAAGGCAGCAAUGUUGUGUGGAAUUUCUGUGCUGGAGUUAUGUCUUAUCAUUGCUAUGAAGCAUUUGAUCACACUAUCAGAAGGAGAUUCUUUUAACUUUGAGAUGGUUUACCAAGAAUAUCAAAAGUUCGCUCAAAAGAAAGGAUUUGCAAUUCAAUCUUUUGAAAAACCGGUUGUUCUAAAGGCAUUUGAACAUUUAACAGCAUUGGAGUUUGUGAAGUCAAUUGACAGUAUUGCAAAAAACACCCCUAAAGAAUACAGACUUGUCACUUUGCUAGUUGAUCCAACACAGAUAAAUGAUGCACUACAGAGAUAUCCUGACUGUCCAACAGAAGUCAAACAGUGGGCUACAAGUGCCAUUGUAUGAGUAUGCUUUGCUGUAUAUAUUACAUUUCCUUGAGGAAAAAGCUCUAUCAUGGAAACUUUGUCAGGCUCUGAAUAUAUUUUUGUACUUUAUGAAUAAAUGUUU